AUGCACUCCAAAUACGAAAGUGUCGUCAUUCUCGAAUUGCUGCUGAUGGACUCCUUCCGCUUCUUGGCGCGGCGCCCGUCGCGCUCAGAAGACAGCAGCACGCUCAUGCCGAAUGCCAUGAUGUCUCAUCCAGCGUUUGAACGCCCGUCGAUCGAUGCUUCUCCGUCUGGCGCCCCGCCCGUUCCAUAUGGUGAGAUUGCUCGGACUCCGGUUGGGCCAGCGAUUGUCCCGGUCGAUUCCGACUUUGCAGACACCGGAGACGAGGUGCGCCGCGUCCGACGCACCCGCAGUAAGUCCGAGUGCCUCUUCCUCGCGAAGAACCACACGAAGAACGAAUUACCUAGUCCCUGUCAAGAGUACAUUACCCAAAUUCAAACCAUCAUGGCCAAGAAUGAUCCGAAUCGGAACAACGCGCGCGUCGGCUCGAUGUCGACUGCUCCCAGUCCCGCGACCUCUCGCGGGACAUCACCGACGUCAUCCAGUGCUCCAGUGCGACGAAACAGUGUCUCGGGGCUGCCUCCCUCGGGCGACCUUCACAUCUAGCUGUCUGGUUUUUGUAAUGCUUUUGCACUCCAUAAAUUAUUCGUUUCUUGCUCUUGCU